AUGCCCUACCGCGGUCGCCCCAUUUAUCGUCGCCCGGUGCCCGUUUACCAUCGCCCCAUCGUCUAUCACCGUCCCGCAGUUAUCUUCCAUCCGCGUCCGGUCGUCGUCGUUCCACCACAUCCCGUCGUCGUCGCUGCUCCCGUCCACUACUCAUGGGUGAGCACAGAUCUGUUCCACGGAGUCUCGCAUAGCAUUUUACUUUCAGUAUCAUCCGCAUUACGCAGUGGGCGGCGGCUCGUUCCCUAUGGUAAUAUCAUAAUGAACAGUUGUUUCCCAUGAAAUUGUCUCUUUCCAGUACGGCAUCUACAUCAUCUGCUCCUUCUUUCUCCUCGUCUGCAUCAUCAUAAUCAUUCUCGUUUGCCUUGGCGCGUGCCGUUGUUGUGGACGUCGGGAAGAGCCUCUGCCGCCCCCGGAACCUGUUGUGAUCUAUGACGAUCCGUACAUCGUGGAUCCUUACUAUCCGGAUCCCUAUUACUACGACGGAUAUGCGCACCCGGUGGACUACAACUACGCCGCACCGCCACCCCCGAUGCCUGCUCCGCAAUACAAUCAGGCUCCUCCCCCUCCAUCUGCUCCAUGUCCUUCUCCAAGAGUACAGGAAGCACCCCGUCCAUGCCAGAAGAAGCCAGCCCCUCAGUGCCCCAGAAAGAAGAACACAUGUGGAAGAUCAUAA